AUGACAAGAGAUUCUCGACCAUUUCCCGAGCGAGAUGUGGACUUUGGUCGCGAUAGAGAAAGGGACCGGGAACGAGAUCGUGAGAGAGACCGCGAACAAAGAGAAAGAGAUCGAGAUCGAGACCGAGAACGGGAACGAGAACGAGAACGAGAUCGGGAUAGAGACAGAGUUGGCGAAAGAGAUAGGGUUGGCGUGGCUUCUCCACAAUCCCGUGGUGGAUCCAGGCCAGGUAGCACUAGUUUAGGGUCGUCGACGAUAGGGAAUAAUGAGCAGGCUUCUUUGAAUACUGUAGUCCCUGCAGCAUCAGGAUAUCCAGAAUCAACGUCAUCUCUUUCAUUUUCGAGCAUUCCAGCCACUUCCAAUUCAAGUACACAACGACCUCCAGUAGGGCCUUCACGGCAUUCUACCUCGAGUAUUGCAUCUGCCUCUCGAAUAAAAAGUCCGUCUCCUGAUCAAUCAUUCCAUCCACAGGGUGCAAAACGGUAUUCUACUGGUGGUUCAGGUGGCUCGGGCCAUUCUAAUGGACUCGGGUCAGGACCUGGAUCGCGGUGGCAGGGAUCAAGACAGUUUUCUGGAUCGAGACGAGAUGAUGGUGGUGAUGAUGGUCCUGGAAGCAUAGGUAAUGGUGUUAAUAGUUCUGCGAGUAGUGGUGGAAGUACUAGUAUCGGUAGUGCAAGUAGUGAUACCAGACGAAGAACCUCGGAAGAUUUCAGACGGUCUGGCAAUGCUCAACCUCGUAGAAGUGCUAGUGGACUACCAUCUGGACCGAGUUAUUGGGAAAGAGACCGCGAGAGAGAUAGGCCAAGGAAUUGGGAAUGGGAUUCUCGUGAUCCAAGAGGUAUUCGCGAUGGCCGAGAUGGCCGUGAGGGUCGGGAUAAUCGCGAUCCUCGAGAGUCUCGUGAGGCUAGAGAUCCACGGGAAGUCCGUGAUGUUCGAGAUGUUCGAGAUGUUCAUGAUGCCAGAGAUGGCCGCGAUUCUCGUGAUAUUGGCGAGCCUCGUACCAAUCGAGAUGCCCGUGACCCCCGUGAAUCUCGCGAUACUCGAGAUUAUCGAGAUAGAGAAGCUCAAGACAGCAUUCGAGGGAAAUGGGAGAGAAGGCCAAGUAAGCAGUUUCCUCCUCGCGAAGAUCAUUAUGAUCACGAAAGGAAACCAUCUCAUUCUAGGGAAUCGAGAGACUAUCAUGAUCGCAGCUAUAAUAGGGAAGAAUAUUUCGACCGAAGAGGGUCAAAUAGACGGUCUAGAGAGUCGAGUGACGAUAAAGUACCACCCAAUUCACACGCGUUUCGGUCCCGACUUUCGUAUAGCGAGGUUGGUGAAGAGCCUAAUGGAGCAGCAAGUGAGUCCAGAACUGGCAGUUCGGCUCCGUCUCCAGAGUUGAAACGACAUGGAUCUUCACAGGAUAGUAGGAGAUCAUUGUCGUCGGUUGCAUCAGAAUCUGCCUUGGUUAGAGAGAAAGAGACAGCAGAGAAAGAAAAAGGUGAAACAAGCAGGAAUGAGCCAGAAAUUAAACAAGAGACGGAAAAAGACUCCAAAUCGAAACAUGAUUAUGGCGAUGUUAAACUGGAUGAGGCCAAGGCCAUUGGAGCCGAGCGUGAAGAUACACGUGCACGAGAUAAUGGAAAACGAGAAUCGUUGGUGUCAGUAGAAGAAGUCCCAGAGCCUGCUGUGAGUGAAAAGGUGACUUUCGUUGCUGCGGUUUGUGAAAAGAUGUCAAUUGAUAAUCAAUUGGAGGUGAAAUCAGAAACACCGAAGCCAGAUGAGACUGUCUUGAAAGACGCUGUGGAGCCUGCUACCGCUACACAAGCGUCUGAAUCAAAGACGGAAGAAAAGAAAACUGAAGCUCAAGUUCCAGUUAGUUCUACAGCGGAUAGACCAGUGGAAUCGACAAAUGAACAGAGACCAGAUCAUGUUAAUGGCACACCUGUGAAUGGUACAGCUAUUAGCUCUGAUGUAGGAAAUGUUUUCAGAGAAGAACCGACUAAGGAAGUUGAGGAGGUUUCAAAAUCUACUGUUCUUGAACCCGUGGUCGAAGCGGUAUCUGAAUCAGAAAGAAAAACUGUUACUGUUUCUGAGCCUGUUUCUGAGUCAGUGCAGGCCUCUGCUCCUACUUCUGAGUCGAUAACCGAGCAAAUUAACAAGGAAUCUACUGACACAUCAUCAAGUGUAAAAGAUUCUGAAAUGACAGAAGUCGCUGCUCCUACUCUACCUCUCAAGGAGUCUACUACAGAGGUAGACCAACCUUUAGAACCAGCCCGAAUAACAACCACUUCUACUUCUACACAAGUCAAGAAUCCCGAUGAACUUGAAGCUGUGGAUAUUCUGAAUCAGUUUGCAAUUCUUGCUAGUGAAUCUACUCCUGUUCCUAUCCAGGAAUCGGUGAGUAAACAGGCACCUGAAAACAUGGUCUUAGCCAAGUCAUCAGACUCGUCAACUCAAGUCAACAAUACAGGCAUUUCGGCAAAUGUAAUAGAGUCUGUACCAGAAGGUACAGACCCAAUAGAUGAAGUGAUGGUUGAAGCAGGCUCUCCACCAUCUGAGGUACCAAUCAUCGCCAAACCGGCCAUUACCGAAAAUACUAUAGACGCUAUGGAGCAAGAUAUACCACCAGUUGAACCUGCUAGUGCUGCUUUGGUGCCGGUGUCUACAGAACACGAGCAACCGGAGGUUGUGCCCAAAUUGGAAUUGAAACCUGAAUCUAAGGUCGAAUCGAUACCAGUCAAGCAGGAACUUCCUGGUGCACCAUAUCCUCUGACUCGCAUUGAGUAUAUGUUUCAGGAAUUGAAACAAUGUCCGAAAGAUGUUCUACGGUCAAAGAUGACAUAUCUGGAUACUGAACAUCCAACAAGACAUCUUGCCGACUACGAAGUAUUCCGCCUUAACGACAAUAUUUUCAAAAAGUUGUUGAAGGAUGAGCUUUUUGACGCUGUAAACGAAUACCACAAUCGAUUAUCAUCACAACGUCAGGUGUCUCAAGAAGAAUACAAAUCACUCAAAGAAUCAUGGUGCAAGUUUCGAGAACAGGCUGAAGAAGAGUUCCGUCUCCGUUAUGAGAAAAAGGUAGAGGUAGCUGGAACCAAUGGGUCAGCGGCAGUUGUUGAAGAACCCUCAGUAGGAGCUGCUACUUCUCCAGUGGUGGCAGCUACCCAUGCCGAUGAACGAGCAAGCCGGCGUAGUAGAGCCACUUAUCAGGCAGAUUCUGUUCGUAGUGAAGCGGAAUUCUUAGAAAUUCUUGCCAAUCUUGAAAGAGAAAAUGCUCGUGAUCCACUUGUCAGAGCCCAGUUGACGUCAGCAGUUGUGCCAGAUAUGAUUUUCGAUCCAAUUGAACGUGAAAAGUUCAAGUUUCGCGACUCGAAUAAUUUCGUUGGUGACAAGUCUCGUCCGUAUAAACGAUUGGUGACUGAUGCCAUUGACACGUUCACUUCCGAAGAGCAUGAAGCGUUUUGUGAUGCGUAUGCGCUGUAUCCAAAGGAAUUUGGUAAAAUCGCUCGUAUGAUGGGUGGAAAGAGAACAUUUGGAGAUUGUGUGUUACAUUAUUAUCAAACGAAGAAAAAGGUCGACUACAAAGCUUUGGUUAUGAAUCGGUACCGACGAGGUACUAGAAAGGCCAAACGCAAGGCCAAAGCUGUUUCUAAUUCGACCACUGCUACUCCUAGUGGAAAUGGCAGUAGAACAGCUGCUGUUAGUGAAUCUGAAGAUAAUCCAGGUCCCGGUAGUGCUUCUGAGACCAAAACAGGACCUGUGGUGGUGCCCAAGCCUCCUACGGAGGCAGUAGUACCGGGUGGUGUGACAGGUACAGUGUCUGCAUCUGAAGCAGUAACGAACACGACUACCGAAAUACCAUCACCAAACUCUAGACCAGACACGAAGACAGUAGUUGAAAGUGCAUUUGAAGCAUUGGCAACAGCCGCAGCUAAUCAAGCAAGGGAAGAGUUAGGUGAAAAGAGGAAGCAGGAAGCUGGUGAUGAUAUUGGAGGUGAUGUCAAGAAACGAGUCAAGACGACAAGAACUCCUCGAGGAUCUGGUAAAAGAGCCCAACAAAAGAGAGAUGAGGUGGCUGCUGCCACAGCUGCUGCUCUGGAUGAUCGUUCUCAAGAACCAAGUGAAAACGAAGUCACAGCUACAAAAGUGUCAAGUUACUGGAGUUUGGUUGAAAUUGGUACAUUUGAAAGAUUACUCGAGGCAUUUGGAACGCGGUGGGAAGAAAUGGCUAAAUUUAUGAAGAAUAAGAGUGUGGUGAUGCUUAAGAAUUACUAUCACAAGUUUGCUGCCGAAAGACGGUAUAACGAGAUAGCGGCAAGAGCUGACUCGAGAAACUCUCUGAGUCCAGUUCAACCGAAAUUCGAGCCUGAAGAUAUUCUACAGAGACCCAGAUAUCACCAACAGGGCGCUUCCAAUGUACAGGAGCAGGCACAGGCACAGGCACAGUCUCAAUCACCACAACCACAUUCGUACCCAGAAUCUCACCAGCAACUGCAGUAUCAGCAGUCGAAGCAACAGCAACCUCUACAGCAGCAGUUGCCAUUGGCACAACAACAAGCUCUACCACCGCAGCAACAGCCAGUUCAACCUCAACCCCGGUCUCAACCACAUCAGUCGCAGGGUCAGAUGCCGGCUCAGGUUUAUCAUCAACUGCCAACUGGUCCUAGUGUGGGUCCUUCCUCUGGAAAGAUUCCUCCGCAGCAACAACAGCAACAACUUCCACCAUCAGGACAGGUUUCACAAGGUGGACCCUUACAAAGACCACUCCAAGGUCCCAGUCCUGGUUACUUUGCACCACGUGCGAAAUCAUUCAGCUCGAAAUCAGGACCACCUACAGCUGCUGCUAAACCUCCGCUAGGAAACCCUCCUCUCUCGGCUUCACCACCAAUUCGAGUAACUCAGGCAAGUCCACCGCCUUUGGGCCAAAUGGUGUCAAGAGAUGUAUAUCCCCAGGGUCCCCCACAGCAUCCACAACAACAACCUCAGCAUCAACAGCAGCAGCAGCAACAGCAGCAACAGCAACAGCAGCCACCACGGCCUGUUCUUCCUCCGUUUUCGAACCUGAGUACCUACCAAGGAUACUCUGGUAGUCAACGACCGGUGCUGAACCCGUCACGAACGUCGACUAUUGCUAGCAUUCUCAAUAGUGAGCCUCAACGGUCGACUUUCGACAAGGGACCCUCCCCACUGUUGCCACCGUUGUCCUCAGGUCCUCCAGAACGUGGCUGGUACGACAACCGGUACUCGACCCAGUCACCACCACCUCCACUGCCCCAGCAGCAGCAACCGCCACCUCAACCUCAACAACCACAGCCACAACCCCAACAGCAACAGCAGCAACAACAGCAGCAGCAGCAGCAGCAACAUCAACAGCAUCAACAACAUCAGCAUCAGCACCAGCAUCAGGGGUCACCUGAAGUUUCCUCACAACAACAGGCCCAAGCUCAAGCGCAAGCCGAAGCUGAAGCACGGUCGAGAAGCCAUCAGCUUGGCAAACCAGCUGGUCCACCGACUGGCCAGUUCUCUAUUCCACCGAACCGGCCAAUAGUGAACUCAUCAUCCGGAACAUACAUGUCACUAGCACCAUUAACGGUGCGAUCUGGAGUGUUUGCACCACCGCUGCCAACAGCCAACUUCCCACCUCACCGACCGCCUUCCCAACCGCAACCGGGCUACCAUCCAACUCCACCAGGCAACCGUAUCACGGACCAGCCACAAAUACCCCCACACGGCCCGUCAAUCCCACAUAGUCUCACCGCAGACCAACAGGCACACCGACCCACGAGCCCUGCCCCACCGCUGUUCGGCCACAACUACAACGAACAACCCACGAGCCGCGAAAGCAACGAACGGGGCGGUUUCUACAACCGUCACCCGUGA